AGCAACACAAAUUUACAGGGAAAAAUACAUUUCUUUUUGUAAGUUACCUGCUUAAUUUCCUUCAUCGUAUUCAUAGCUACAAAUUCUCAAAGAUUCUUGAGGAAAAGAAAUGGCAGAGCCUGUCGUCAAUGGAGAACAAGAAAAUAAGCAUGUUGACAAUGGAGAUGGAGAAGAAGAAACUAGUUAUGAACAAGACAACAAUGCGAGUAAUUUGGAGACAAACUUGUCUCCCCUUCCGGGGCUUAAUCUUGUUUUGAUCAUGUCUUUUCUCUCGUUAUCCCCAGACGAUUGUUCCAAUUUAGACGAAAACAGAGACAUGGAAACUGGGAAUCACAAUCACAUAGCCAAACAGGGCGGUGUCUCCAGAUCUGAUUUCCAGGCAAGAAGGCGACAAGUGAACCAAUUUCCGGCUUCUGAAAGGCAAACAUCCAAGGUUCAUACUAAGAUAAGGGACUCUAGGCACUGCAGAAGAUUGUGAAUUCUUAAAGCAGGACCUGGUUUAUACGUGAUCAAACCAUCUCAUAUUUGAAUCUCCAACUCCAAGCCUCUUCCCAUUGAACGCAUAGUAAAACGUAGACGAAAACAAACUUCUAUAGUAGCUAGAGUUGUACAGUGCUGCUAGAAGUAACAUGUAGGCAUUACCCUCAUAGGGUAUACAAAAUAUUUAUACUAGAUUCUAUUCAACUAUUGUAAUACGUAACAGAUUGGAUCAGAGUGGUUAGGAUUAGUAAAACUAUCGCUCACUGCUGUUUGCAUAAUAUAUGGUCAAGACAUUCAUUGCAGAAUUGCCGUCCUGCCAGAUAGGUCGAUAAAACGGCUUGGAACGUAGCUUUUAAACAACCUACCGAAUAGACCAUGAAAAACGAGACUUCACGGGAAGAUAGAUGAAAUGAUCUAAAAUGAUUAACAAAACAAUUCCUGAAAAAUAGGUAGAUUUUGUCGAUGGACAAUGCACACCGUACAUUAGCUAGUUACGCACCAAGACCUACAGAUGCUAUUAUUACUCCAUUAUUCUUUGCUAAUACUUAUUUGUGAAAGCAUUUCUACCGAGCAGCUACCCAGAAGAAAAACAUCCUUUCAGAAACAUAUAAACAGAGGACUGAAGGGUCUUCAACUUCUCUGUGUGCAGAGGAGGUCUACAACGUCAAUCUCUUCUCCUCUUUUUGUUGACAAAAAUCACAC